CCCUGCUCCAACCACCGGACCCCACUGCCCCCCCAGAGUUAACUUCAUGAACCAACUCCAUACGUUAAUUGACCUAACUUAGCUAACCGGAGCAAUUAACUAAAUUAAUUGACUGACCCAACAAACCUCGUGGGCUUUAUUAAAUCAACCGUUGAUUAUUCAAUGAUUAACAGUUUUUAUUAACUCUACUAACUUAGUUAACUAACUUGAAUAACUCCAUCACUUAACCUAAUUGGCCUAACUAACUUAGGUGGCUCAAAUUAAUUAACUGGUCUAACUCGACAGGCUUUGUUAAAUCGAGUAUCAAUCAAUUUAUUAAAUCUAUCCAGAAAUAAGUAAACUUAUUUAAUAAAUCUAUUUGUUGAAUCAAUUAAGCUGGCACAAUCAACUAACUAAAUUAAUUAACUGGUUUAACUAAGUCAAUCGGCUUUAUUAAAUGAAUUAUCAAUCAAUUUAUUCAAUGUAAUAAAUCAAAUGAUCAAUCAGUCACUACUGAUUUUAAUUAAUUAUCUAUUAACUCGAUUAACUUAAUUGACUUAACUAACUUGAUUAAUUGGCUUAAUUAACUGCAUUUUACAUUCCCCCACCAUUUUACAUUGGGGGGCGGGGAGGGAGGAGUGCAUUAAUGCACCUGAAUUUUGCCCAGGAAACAAGUUCAGCCCUGGGAAAUAUGUACGUCAGGUCAUUAAUGCCCCUGUCCUUAGCAAGGGAAAUAAAGGCAUUAAUUAAUUAAUUAAUAGGCCACUGUGACGCAGGGGAAAUGAUUCAAUUAACACACCUAUAUUUUUGCAUAAGGAAAUCAGUCCAUGAGCACAGUCCUGCUGUGCAGGAGAGGCAGCUUCAUUAAGGAUGCACCUAUAUUUUGCAUAUUAAUUAGCAUGCUACUGCAACCGGUGGGAAAUCAAUGCAUUAAUUAAUAAGCCCCUGUUGGUCAUGGGGGAAUGAAUCCCUUUGUUGAUUAACGGGGGACGCCGGCGUGCCAAGGUCCAUCGGAAAGCACCACGUUAAGGGAUGGGCCUCUACCACGCCUGGGGGAUGAAUCCAUUGAUUCAUUAAUGAAUGCCCCCAUAUAUGGCAUGGGAUAUUAAUUGAUCCAUCAACUAAUUACCGCACGUAUCAUUUGCAUGGGACAUUAACCAAUCAAUGACGGCCCCUGCCUGCACCCUGGGGGCGCUUGUACACGUUACGCGUCGUGGGAGACCAAUAGGCUCAAUCAGUGCCUGUGUUUUUGCAUGGGAGAUUAAUCUGCUCGUUAAUCCACUGGUUACUUAAUCACCUCCUUGAUGCCCCCCGACACACACACACACACACACACAGAGGCAUCACCUCAAAUCACAACCAAAGGUCCUGGCCCAUGCGGGAAGCUGAUCAGGGGUCAGAGGUGCAGGGGGGGUUGGGGUCAUGCUGAUAUGGGUCGUUGCCCCCCCAGGAGCGCGGGAAGGCGGACACGGAGUUCGGGGACGAGAACCUGGUGGCUCUGGUCCAGUCCCUGUUCACGGCGGGCACCGAGACAACCAUCAACACCCUUCAGUUCAGCCUCCUCGUGCUCUGCAAAUACCCUGACGUGCAAGGUGGGGGGGCUGUGGGGGUCCAUCCCGCCUCCUGCCAGGCCGCAGAUGUACAGCGUUGUGCACCUACCCAGGAGCCUGGGGGUCUGGGGCGGGGGGAAGUCUGCGCCCCACCCCCCCCCCCCCCCGGGGCGCUGCAGGCUGGAGGGUGGCCUGGAGGUGGCUCUAAAAGUGUGUGUGUGUGUGUGGGGGGGGUUUGCAAAGGAUUGUGGGUGAUGCCUCUGCCCUGGCAUGCAAGGUGCACACACAGCCCAAGGGCUGGGGACACGCGCAGAGGACCCAGGUGUCCAGGAUUACGUGCACACACAACCCAGGUGUCCAAGGAAUGCAUGGAUGUACACACACACGCACACACACACGCACACAAAGAGAAUCCAAGCACAUGCACUCCUGCACACGCACACACAUACCUCCAGGCGUGUGGAACAUACACACACAGGCACACAUGUGCAUGCACAUGUGCACACACACCUCCAGCCCAGGUAUCUGGGACACACACACAUAUAUGCACACACAUGGAGACUAGCACGCAAAUGUAUGCACACAGACGCAACCCAAGUGUGCAGGACACAUGCAUGCAGAGCACCCAGGCGCCUGUGACAUGCACACAAAAGACCCAGGCGUCCGGGACAGGCACGCGCCCGUGCACACGCAGAGAACCCCGGCAGGCACCCGGGACGUGCACGUGCAGGCACACGCCCCUCCUCCCCCCACACAGCCCGCGUGUCUCCGCAGCCCGGAUGCGCCAGGAGCUGGACGCGGCCGUGGGCCGGAGCCGCGCGCCGGGGGCCGAGGACCGCGCCCACCUGCCCUACGUGCUGGCCGUGCUGCACGAGCUGCAGCGCUACCUCGACCUGGUGCCCGGCGCCUGCCCCACGCCACCACCCAGCCCCUCGUCCUGCGCGGGCACCACCUGCCCCAGGGAAGCGCGCCUGCCCCGGCGAGGACCUGGCCCGGCUGGAGCUGCUCCUGUUCACCACCACCCUGCUGCAGAGCCUGGAGCUGGAGCUCGCGGGGCCGCCCGACGCCAUCGACUUGCGCGCCCUGCGCCGCGCCUUCCGCGGGUCCAGCCUGGCCUUCCAGCUCCGCGCCCGGCCCCGGCCCCGGCCCCUCUAGGCCCUGGUCCCGGGGCCGAGCCCCCGUGUCCUGCCGGGACCAGCCGCGCGCGGGAAUUAAAGCGCUUGUGUCAAACCUCUGGUGUCCUUGUCUCCCUGCUGCCGGCUCGGGGAGAGCCUCCCGGGGUCCUAGGAAUGGCGGGGCAGAGCCCAGACUCCUUCCCCCAUGGAGGCCAUGCCGGGGGGGGGCCUUGACCCCCGUGCCACUGUCCUGUCCCCGUCCCCUUCCCCCUCUCUGGAUCCUGCUCCCCUCCCAGGUGUCCGGGCUCCUGGCCUCCCCCCACCCUAACCAUUGCACCCCACUC